AUGAAGGGAGGACUUGCUGCUGCCGCCGUUGCGGCCAUGGCCACUGGUGCUCAGGCUGCUUACCCUCACCACCGACGUGCUCAUGAUAUGUUCCGUCGUGGAGGAGAGGUCUGCGUGCCUUCUUGCACUACCAUCUGGACCACCUACUACGGCCAGCCUACUCUCGUCCCCAACCCUCCCUCGGCUCCUAAGCCUACCCAGCAGGCCAUCACUACCAAGGAGGCUGCUAAGCCUAAGCCCACCUCUGUUUAUGAGGUCCCCAGCUACGAGGCUCCCAAGCCUGUUGCUCCCACCACCACCACCAAGGUCGUCGAGGUUCACCCCGUCCCAACCCCGGAGCAGUACAAGUGCCCUACCCCCGGCACUUACACCUUUCCUGCCACUACCUUGACAGUGACCGAGUCCACCACCGUCUGCGUCGGCGAGACCACCAAGGUUCCUGCUGGAACUCACACCAUGGGCGGUGUCACCACCAUUGUUGAGACAGCUACCACCGUCACCUGCCCCUACGCCAAGGAGACCGAGCACGAAGGUGUCGUUACCAGCGUCAUCGAGACCACCACUUACGUUUGCCCCUCGGCUGGCACUUACACCAUUGCUCCUAUCACCAAGACCUGCGAGGAGGAGACCGUCAUCGUCUACCCUGUCCCUACCAGCUACGUUCCUGGUACCUACACUGCUCCUGAGCAGGUUGUGACUGUCACCGAGACCGACUUCGUCUACGUCUGCCCCUACUCUCAGUCUGGUGUUCCUGCCACCACCAAGGUUCCUGAGGCUCCCCAGCCUCCUAAGGAGAAGCCUACCAAGCCUGUUUACGAGGCCCCGAAGCCUCAGCCCGAGACCACCGUGGAGGCCAAAGCUACCAUGCCCGUCUACGAGGUUCCCAGCAAGGUCCCCGAGGCCCCUAAGAAGCCUGAGGCUCCCGUCUACUCUUCUCCUGAGAAGCCUGCCCACACCACGCCCGCUUACGAGAAGCCUUCCGAGGCCCCCAAGCCCAAGCCUAAGCCCCAGACCCCCAAAAAGCCCUCCAGCCCCGGAAACCUUCAGGGCGGAAACGACCAUUACGGUAUCACCUACACUCCUUAUGAGUCCUCUACCGGCGAGUGCAAGUCUGGCGACCAGGUCGACAAGGACAUUGCUUCCCUCAAGCAGGCCGGCUUCCAGAUCAUCCGAUCUUACUCUACCGACUGUGACACCCUCAAGACUGUCGCCCCUGCUUGCAAGAAGCACGGUAUUGACAUGAUCAUCGGUGUCUUCGUCAAGGCUUCCGGCUGCUCUUACGAGACCCCUGAGAUCAAGGAGCAGGUCGAUGCCAUUGCCGAGUGGGCUCAGUGGGAUCAGGUCAAGCUCUUCACCGUCGGUAACGAGGCUAUCAUGAACAACUUCUGUACUCCUCAGGAGCUCAGGGAGCUCGUCGAUGUUGUCAAGGAGAAGUGCUCUGGAUACAACGGCCCUUACACCAUCGCUGAGACCCUCAACAUCUGGGAGCGAGAGGAUGUCAAGGAGGCCAUCUGCCCCUGUGUCGAUGUCACCGGUGCCAACAUCCACCCUUACUUCAACCCCAACACUGCUGCCAAGGACGCUGGUGAGUUUGUCGCUGGCCAGCUCGAGCUCCUCCGUGAUAUCUGCAAGGGCAACGACGUCAUCAACCUGGAGUGCGGUUGGCCCUCCAGCGGUAACUGCAACGGCGCUGCUUGCCCUGGUAAGAAGGAGCAGGCUGAGGCUAUCAAGUCCAUCCGUGAGAGCUGUGGUGACAAGACUGUCUUCUUCUCCUACGAGAACGAUGAGUGGAAGGAGCCCGGUAGCUGCAACUGCGAGCGAAGCUGGGGUUGCGCCUCUUCCUUCACCGGCUACUAA